CGUUUACACUUUAGUUUAUGUGAAGUUCAGUAACAAACCAAUUCUGUUUUUAAGGAGACAAGUGACUUGCCUUUGCUGUGAAUUAAAGAUCUGAGUACUUUUCCUGUGUCUUAAUAAUCCCUUUUUAAUGCUAUUCAGCCGUAUUGUGAGUUUUCUCUAAGGAAGGGAUGAAACUUAAUGUGUCCUGGGAAGUCACUCAUUUACACUGAAGGUGUGCGCUUGCACUUGAAGUUUUUAACGUCUUACGGCGAGGCCUGUCUGUGCUGAUGUAAUCAGAGCCUACCUCCUGGAGUAAUGGAGAAAGGUGAUCUUUGUCACGGAAUCGUGAAAAGCAACCAUUAAAGCAGUAGUAGUGCUGAGGUGAUGUUGGUGUCCUGAUCUUAAAAAAUAUGUGAAAAAGGUAUCUACUAAAACGAUGGGGGGAGGGUGUAGCUGUAGGUGUGGGCAGGUAGCAGCUCUCAGAUGUUCAGCUAGAUGAGCCAAACCUUCCCCACCCUCAGGUUUCCGAGAAGAGUCAUCUUGGAGGCAAGCUGAUGUAUACAACUCGAAGCUGAAAACAGGUUCAGGGAAGCGAAGCUUUUCUCCUUCCCUUCCUUCCUUCCUCCAAUGCAAGGGUCGUGCGUGGGCAAGGAUAAAACCGUGAAAAUGGCCUUUGACGGCGUUAUUAUUGUUGCACUAAGGAUGUUAUCCCAGGAAGCAACGAAAGAAAACGGACGCAACUAUCCCGCUGUGGCUUUAGUCACAGAGAAGUGGGUUAGUUCUAAGAUCUAAGGGGGUGGGGGGCAGUAGCAGCGUCAUGUGAGAUGAUUUGACUAGCUGCUGUCUGGUCUGAAUGUGCUUCUACGAUUAUCAGAGCACAGAUCUGUAGGGAGCUGGUGCAAGGGGAAGAAGCCAGCCCGGCUGUUUGCGGAGUCAAGAGCGAAACGGCUUUGUCCAGUGAGAGACGCGCCAAACACACCCCAGAGCUGUAGUACCGGCUUCUGUCUCCCGAACGGGAGCCAAAAACUUUGUUAUUUGAAUUUAAAGUUACUGACUUGUUUUUGAUUGGCUAGAAUGAGAUAGUCGGUGUCUGAUUGGAAAGAAAUAAAUUGUGUCACCCAGUGGGGAGGAGUGCAGUGGUCAUUUCCGCCUUGCAGCCCCCAGUUUUCUCUCUAGUCCGCACCUCGCGUAUAUAUGUACGUACGACAGUUUCUUGACUUUAUAUUGAUCGUUUGUAACUGAUCUAGUUGGAGGGGACGCGAAAAUGUCUGGACGCGGGAAGGGCGGCAAGGGGCUGGGGAAAGGAGGCGCCAAGCGGCACCGUAAAGUGCUGCGCGAUAACAUCCAGGGCAUCACCAAGCCGGCCAUCCGCCGCCUGGCCCGCCGCGGGGGCGUGAAGCGCAUCUCGGGGCUCAUCUACGAGGAGACCCGCGGGGUGUUGAAGGUUUUCCUGGAGAACGUCAUUCGCGACGCUGUUACCUACACGGAGCACGCCAAGAGGAAGACCGUGACCGCCAUGGACGUGGUCUACGCCCUGAAGCGCCAGGGCCGCACCCUCUACGGAUUCGGUGGUUAAGCCUCGCGAAAGAAACCUAGAACAGCUGUUGGACCCAAAGGCCCUUCUAAGGGCCACUCACUUCUGCACGGAAAGAGCUGGGCUCUUUCGAGAGAGACGCUCGUUCUCAGUCAAUGCUUUAAAUAGUAUUUUGUAAGCCGAGUGUUUUACAAACCGAGAGCUUAAGCUCCGCUUAGCUUGGUAUUUGGGGAGAAAGCAAGUUACUGGUGCGCGUGUAGUAGAUAACGGAUCUUGUCAGGGUAACAAAAAUAAACGAUCUAUUGUUUUCUUUG